AUGUCAGAUAUCGACUUGCAAACGGCCUCGAUGGUCAUCCGAGACGCAGUGGCUGUUUGCCGGAAAUUCCGGAUGCGAUACCUCUGGCUCGAUGCACUUUGCAUCAUUCAAGAUGGCAGCCAAGACUGGCAGCGAGAGUCGGCUGUAAUGGGCAAAAUAUUUAGGAACGCCUACUUUACCAAAUGCGUGGUUCAAGAAAAAACUUUGGCACGUCGUCUACUGCUGUUUGGUGCAACCAGUAUACGGGCCGAGUUCGGAAGCAAGAUCACCAUAUUCCAGAGAUUGGGCGAAGAGACGCCAGUCAGUUAUUCCUUUUGGCGGGGAGUGACGGAAUGUUACAGCGCUUGCCUGUUGACAUUUGACAAGGACAGACUUCAGGCAAUAUCUGGCGUGGCCAGAUUUUUUGCCGAAGCCACAGGAGACCAAUAUCUCGCCGGCAUGUGGAGGAGAGAUCUAUGGAGUUCUCUCUUCUGGAAAAAGCAACCACUGAAACAUGAUAGCCUCUCUGCGCUGGUAGAUUCACAGGAAUCACCU